AACUCGGAAGACGGAAACACAGGUCGGAAAUAUAAUAUGGCAAAUAAUAAAUAAGUAAAUGCCUACCUAUAUAAAAAUAUGUACUUCAAUUUAAAACAUAAUUAGAUAGGUAGUCGUUUUGUGGUCGUUUACUUGUACCCUUUGUAUCUGGUGAACAUCGUUAACAAUGAUUGAGUUAACUGGAGAAAGUUUAGCCAAGCGACAGCAGGAGCUGAACGCAAAGGUAAAUGACACAAUUCAUAGAGCAAUAGUUUUCGAGGAUAUAAAAGAUUUGGAAGAAAAAUCCGACAUCGACAAGUUGUAUAAAAUCGAUGUCGCAUCUCAAUACAAAAAUAUUGAUUAUAUUGUAGAGGUGUUGAAAUGUGGAGACAGCUUGUACGUGUCGAGAGCCCUGAAGUGUGAAUGGCUGUAUAACGAUGAAUAUGCACAUAUUAUCAACCCUAAUUACUUACAGGACGAGAUAUUCCCACACAUGUCUCCAAAAAUGAAAACGAAAACGAUUAAAACAAUUGCUGUUCAAAUUAGAAAUGAAGCAAGGGCAAUUGCUUUCUACGAAUAUUUUAAAAAUCUUAAAAUGAAUGAAUUCGCAUUCAAAUUUCUUGUAUCCACAUCGGAGACUUUUAAACUUAAUGCUCUCAAACAUAAUUUGAAUUUUAUUGAAGAAUAUAUCGAGUAUUUACCAAAUUAUAUUGGCAAUUCAUUUAUUCUCGCUAAGGCUUUUAUUUCGGAAUUAAAUUCUAGUUACACAAAGGAUUGUGCUUUAAUUCGCCUUUCGUACUUGUAUAAUAUUGAUAAUAAUCAGUAUUUAAACUUAUUUGAAAGUAAUUCCGAAGCUGUGAUAAACGAAAAAUUUGGAGGUAAAAUAUCUAAGAGUAUUAUGACCAAACAUAAAGAUCGAGUACUCAGCUUACCACAUAAAUACGUUCCAAAAAUUAAAAAAUACACAUUACUUCGACACAGUACAGCAGAUGAUGCGAAAAAGUACAUAACCGUUUUUUUUCCAAAAAUGAUUGAUGAGUUUUGGCAACGUAAUGUUUAUAACGAGUAUAAGCAUUUUUUUGACUUAAUACCCAAAACAGAAGUAUUUAACUUCCUCAAAAGUACUUUUGUGUCUCAUUUUGGAAAUGAACCAUUUGAAACGGAUGUUCGCUUCUAUCAAAAUAAGUAUUACAGUAUUUUUACUGAAGAAGAAAGAGAACAAUGGGCUCUGAAACAUAUAGAGAGAGGUGAAGAGCUUUUGGGGAGCAAUAAUGAUUACAUUUGGUAUAAAUUCGUAAACUUUGAUAAAGCAUUGAAAGGAAUAAAGCAGUAUAUUCUCGUAACUACAAAUGACCGAGACAGAAACAAUAUGGUUAGUAUUUUAGUAGAAUCAUCUAGAAGCCAGAGAGAUUUAGAGAAUCUAUUUGAUUACUAUUACAAAAGGUUUGUUAAUGAAAGUGAAACUUAUAAAAAUGACUUCAUCUCCAAGAUAAUAUCAGAAAAGAAUGUAUUUGAAUUUGAUGAUGCCUGUUGGGAUGCAUUUAAUAAAAUAUUGUGUAGUGUGGGAGUGUAUAACCCAGGAUGCGAUCGUAAGGUUAAAUUGGUAUGUUUGACAUACAAUAUAAUACACGGCAAAGCUAUCAACGAUGUUCUACUACUUCACAUAGAUAAUAUAGGGUAUUGGGAUUUGGAUUCCGUGUGUAAACGUUUAAAAAAAGAGGACUGUGAUAAAGUGUAUAAGUACCUCUAUGACCAUCAUGUCAUGAAAUUUGAAACGCUUGAUAAAAAUGAUGCAGAUACGACCAAGCAGGAAAGAAUGAACAUUGUUAAUAAAUUAAUUGAUGUUUUAACAUAUUUUAAAAAGACGAAAGUCGAUUUGCCUUUGAAUGUACAGUCAUUUAUAGAAGAAAACGUCAAGCAAUUUAAUUACUAUAACCUAUUGCCUUUAGAGGACCGGAAAAAAGAAAAAUUAACAGAAGUGUCCCUUUUGCGGCUUUUGAAGAAAGAUAAAGAAUUGGUCAGCAAUAAAUUUCCUGAAAUACGAGAGAGCAUGGACGAUAGUGAAUUUAGAUUUAAACGUUUGAUGAGCAAAAUUCGAAUAUAUUUUUCCAAUGAUCUUUCUAAUGAAUUUGUUAAAUUUUUCGCCGAUUGCAUAAAGAAUAAUAUGAGCCCUUAUAACUCUGUACAAUCAACGUAUAUUGGAAGUUCUGCUGUGUUCGGUAUCUUACAAUUAGCAAAUGAGGAGACUAAAUUAAAGUUUUUGACUAAAUAUGCACCAAACGAAGGGAAAAUUGCACACAAUAAAAUUGAUAAAAAUGUUUUAUUCACUCAAGAACAAAUAUGCCGCUUUGCAUGUUAUUCUCGACCUCCAGUGCCUCUGGAAAGCAUUACAUCGUACAUUAAAGGGGAUUAUGUUCAUUAUUGUAUGCCUAUGUUUAAUAUGUAUCUGGCUUGCUUACCAUUGUCAAUGUCGUGUAGGUUAAUCGAGUUUCUGUUAAAUAAUCCAGUUUCAAUUCAGAAACACGGUAUACGUUUAGCUUUCAAUGCAUACAAUCCAAAAGAUUUAAAAGCAUUGAUAUCACAAAUUUGGCAAAGGACUAAGAAUGUGUCGAUAAGAGUUGUGAUUUAUAAAGCUCUUGUACAAAAAAUUGCAAAAUCCUUGGAAUCUACCCAAGAUGAGUUGAUGGAUUCUUUGGUAUCCAUCACUUCGAAUUUAAUUGAGGACGACCAGAAUGAAUUGUACGACACUAUGCUCUCCUAUGAUGUACCUUCGAGAUUUAAAACUACUGUAUUGAAAACUGCUUGGCUAUCUGUAAAAAAGUUUUCUAAUAAAAAAUGCAGGAACAUAAAAAUAAAGGAAAGAAUAUUAAAUGCAAUUAGAGACUACACACCAGAUAGACACUUUUGCAGAACUCAAAUAAUUGAUGAACACCUUCAUUAUAUGUUACAUGAAAAUGGUCUACUACAUAACCAUAAAACAGAAUUAAAAGAAUUACAAGAGCAGUUAUGGCUUUUAACAUUUAAAUAUAUAGUAACUUGCAAUAACCAAAGUGAACUGGAGGAAUCACUUGCACUAUUGCAAACAAUUUUAGAGCUGAUAUUCAAGAAUUGGAAUGCAGUUGUGGAUAGUAAAUUCGUCGUGAUUGAAUUAUUUGAUCAUUUUAUCAAAAAGCUUAGAAGCGACACAUUUGAUAUGAAUGGUAAUAAUGACUAUAUUAUCACUAUCUAUGAACAUAUUCUUAAGAAUGUUCUGGAAUACUCCCCAGGCCAUGUUAUGUACCGAACAGUUUUGGACGUGAAACUUUAUCUAAUGAUGUGGAAAAUAAAAUGUGAGAAUGCUACAGAGGUUGAACGAAUAGCGAAUCUUGUACACAAGACAUUGUUAAUCUUCAUGCAAUAUCUAAGAGAUAACGAUAAACUGAUUCCGAGCUUACUUGAUGUGAUAGGCGGUAUUAUAACAACUAAUGUAAGAUAUUUGGCGAUGGCAAAGAGAAUUGAUGGUGAUAUUCUUAUAGGGCAUAUGUGUAAUGAAAUUGUAUCAGGUACGGACACAGACCUUACUAUCCUUUCUAUAAUUAUAUUAAGUCAAACUUUACUACCAGAUAUGAAUUGUAGACCAAGAGAUAUAUUUAAAGCACUGUGUUCACAGUUUGUACAAAAAUUGAAACAAAUUAAUAAUUUUGAAGUUCAGAGUUUGUAUUACAAUAAGUUCAUUUUAAAUGGUUAUGAGAAAAGAUUUGAAAAUCAGUAAUUAAUUAUUCGAUCUUUUCCUCCGAACGAUAAUGGAUUUUGUUCAGUCUUAUCUUAUGACAAUUUUGUUGUAUUUCCUACAUUUUGCUUUAAAUGUUUCAUAAUUUAAGCUAAAUUUACGUUUAGUCAACUACAAUAAUUAUACUAAUCUACAAUUUUAGUUUUUCGAAUUUUACGAAUCAUCUUUUUAAUUUCGAAGAACGUAUCUAAAUCUUAAUAUAUUUUUAGUAAAAAU